AUGAUUUUCAAGUCCACCUUCCUCAUGGCAGGCACUCUAUUCAUGAUGGGCGUUCGCGCCGACUGCGGUACCCCAGUCGUCACUUGCGAGACCACCGAUGGCAGUCCCGACGCCAAAGACGUCGAAGAUGCGAUGGGCUACUGGCGCCAAAUCGCCGGCCUCGGCAAAGAUACCUGCGGUGAUUCUGGCUGUGCUCAGCCCCAUGGCUCGGGAUGCCACGACUCUUCGGUGAAAUCUGGUACCGCCAACAUCGUUUUGUGCCAGGAUGACUCAUCGUCCUCAACGGCCAUGUGUGGUGAUUGCAAUUGCAUCGCUGGCUAUCUGCAAGCUGUUAUCGAUCAGUGUGAGAAUAAUGGCAAGAUCGGUGGAUAUGCACAUGUGCCUAUGGGCAGCAACUACAUCAACUAUGAGUUUGUCCACACUUAA